CAUUAAUUUCCCCAAAAAAAGCCGCGUCAAGCAAGACGGUGAACCGCCGACGACAAUGGAGGCGGAAAAGCGGAUCCGUCGGGAAAUCGCCAACAGCAACGAGCGACGUCGCAUGCAGAGCAUCAAUGCCGGAUUUCAAUCUCUACGAUCGCUUUUGCCACACCACGAAGGCGAAAAAUUGAGCAAGGCUGCCAUAUUGCAACAGACGGCCGAGUAUAUUUACUCACUGGAACAAGAAAAGACCCGAUUACUGUCACAAAAUUGCCAAUUAAAGAGAUUGGUAAAUCAGCACGAGGUUGGCGAACUUCCUCCAAAAAAGCGCAAGACCGAAGUGAUUAUACCAACGAUAUCCGAUACCAACGAGGAAUGCCUGGAACCGAUGACGACACCUGAACCUACUGUUGGUAUCUUAUCCGUAGCCGUGGUCGAUGGCGAUUCUCCCGCCGAAUUGAGGAGACAGCUUGAUCAGGAGCGUGGCGUACGCAUUCUUCUUGAGGAACAAAUACGACAGCUCGAAGGACAGCUUUACCAACAGCAAGUUUAUCAAAUGUCAUCUCCUGAGGAUCCAGAAGAUAUUUCCCUUCAGGUUGUUACGGCAGACAGUUUACCACCAAUUGGACACACACAAACCGUAGUCUGCUCGGAACCACCUUCAAGAACCCCCAGUCCCGAACCGACCCCAGAGCAAAGGCUACCGUCGGUAUUAGAAGCUGCGAUUAAGGCGGAACCGAAAGUUGAAGUCGAACGUCUCCCCUCACCCAACCCUUCUCCCAAUGAAGAAACCACCUCCAGUCGAAUUUACAUCCCCAACACCUCCCGUCAGAAUCUGGAAACGAUAGUCGAAGCCAUUCGUCAUUUAGAAGGCGAUCACAUGUUCGCAGAGGAACCUCAAAAUACGCAAGACGUACCGUUGGCGCUUACGACGUCGCGAACCUCCGAUCGUCUCCUCAAGGUGGAAAUGAAUCAGUUUUUGGAAUUCCACACGCCGUGCAUACAGGUGCAGCAGCAGUCGCGUCCCGGCGUCAUCGUCGUGAAGCAAGCGUCGUGAUUUCGUUGAAAUACAUCAAUAGCAAAUAUAAUCGACUAGAAUCUAGAGUAGCGUUCGGGGGGGAUUCGCCCUCCCUCUUGAUGGUUUUGUUUUUAGUCCUCUUGGCUCCGAAUCUCAAUAAUUUUCGAACAAAAUUUUGUGAAAGUAAAGCUAAAUAAACACAGCUAGCCUGGGAAUAUUAGUAUAUUUUGAAGUUGUGCCUGGACUGCAAUUAUCAGGAAAAAUUCGGAUAGAGCUUAAUGAGAGUAUGUUUUAAAAUAAGACAGUUUUACUUGACUUUGGUUAGUUUUACAGAAAAUUGUGCGAUUGCAUCACACGACAAGAGAGAGGAUGAACUAAAAAUUGUUCUACAACGUCCUAAUAUGAUACAGAUUAUUAAGAAUUGCAAUGAAACUUCAGGAAAAAUUGCUCAAUGUAAUUCCAAAUAUUAUACAGGCUUAUUACCACCCGCACGUUACUAAAGGGAGGUAUUGCAUUGGGGUAAAAAUGCCCCCCCCCCCACUGUUUUUAUUUUUGAAAUAUUUAGAAAAAAUUGAAAUUAGAAAUUUCUGGUAAACUGACUUCCAUGUAGUACAUAUUUAUCAUUAGAUCUAGUAACCUUGCCCAAUAUAAACAACGCUGUAUAUCUUUUAGGGUAACUGAGAUUCAUGCAACAGUUUGUUAAACAAAAAAAGAGAAACUGCACCAUUGUCCUAUUUUAAAACAAAUCUCAAAGCUUUAUCCGAGCUUGACGUAUCGUAUCAAUCUUCAAUUCCGCAUUGGAGUUUAUUAUUCCCGAGUUAAACGUUGAAGACGUUAUCUUAGUCAAAUUGUAAGUAAAUAAGGGUCGGAACAAUCGUAGAAAAUUGUAGGUAAUGUGUCUAUGUAGCUUUAUUAAUGACGUUUUUAAUUUUACUUUUGAUACAAUUAGAAUUUCAUUUUAUUUAAUAUGCCAAAAAUGAUAUUUAUUAUAAAGUGUAAGGUAGUGUAACGUUUCGUUCCUUUUUGUACAUAAUAUAUAUUACUUUACGGUAGAUGUGUAGAUUUAAUAAUAUGUAGUUUUUAACACUCUCGAUAUAUAUACAUAUAAUUUGGGUGUUGUUCGGUUUCGCUUCUUUGUUUGUUGUUUUUUAUUCUAAGAAUAAGUUUUAUUGUGUACAGAUACACAUUUUGGUAUACGUAUAAUUAUGUUUGAGAAUAUAAUUGUUUUCGUUAUGUAUGUUAGAAGGGUAGGUAAGGUUUCGGUUACGAAGUGCGCAGGAAUAUGUGUACGAUAUCUGCGGAAUGCUUUUAGAUUUAUGAAUGUAAGGAAAGGGUAUUUAUCUGCCGGAAUGUGAAUGCGUGUAUACCUGCUUGUGCUACAUUUAUGAAUUACGAAAGGCAAAUUUAAUAGUUCCAUUGUUUGUGGGACAGUACUGAUCAUUGCGUGUAAGUAUUUUAAAGGGGAAUCUUUGGUAGAACAAAAUUUAGUUGUUUAUUUGUGAUUUUGUGAAAUAGGCGAAUAAUUAUAUGUGGAACUUUUUUUAAUAUAAUGUUAGGCACUUCUCAAGUUUGUAUUGUUAUGCAAGUUAUCGGUGUAUUUUAUACCAAUAUGGGAUCAAAACACUCGGUUCUCUAUUAGAAAAUUGAAAUUUACUCUAAAUGUGUCCUAAGUCAUUUUAUUUGUUUCUUAUUGAUCGAGGCUAAGAUGAAGACUGAGUGUUUCAGGAAGGUCAAUAUCCGCGUUUUAUUUGCUUCAGUUUCUUAAAUUAGUUCCCAUUUGUUACUGUGAUUAUAUUUAUAAAUAAAAUUGAUAACUAUUGUACUACUAGUAA